CGGUGAUCUGCUGAUCGGCCUGUGGCUAGCUAGCCGCUAGCUAGUUACGCAAUAGCAGCGGAGCGUCGGCAGCUAACGACCCGUCGGACCGACGCCUCAGAGACGCAGCUCGUCCGCCUCCCGCCGCUGAAGUGACGGUGGCUCGUGGAUGUCAGCGGACGCGCUCCUCAGAUCGACCGUGAGACGCCGAUGUUAGCGGCGGGCGGAUCAUCGUUUGCAGCGGUCACAUUUUCCGUUUUUCGGCCUAGCUAGCUAACGAGCUAACUGGCUAGCCUGGCUCCUGUUAGCCUGUUAGCUCGUCUGUGAUGGCGCCGCCGGAGAGCGACGGGAGAAAGGAAGACUAAACUCUGCAUGGCGACGCAGCGGCAGUGAGCAGCCAAUCAGCCAGAGGCCAGCGGAAGCAACAUGGCGUCCCACCAGAGGAACUCUGUCCGGAUCCUGUGCAGCCGGGAGCGCGGAUCGCAGACCUUCGGCUCGCAGCGGCUGCUGCAGCUGCUGGUGGAGGAGAAGGUCCGCUGGAUGAAAUGGCAGAGUCAGAAGGUGGAGCUGCCCGACAGCCCUCGCUCCACGUUCCUGCUGGCAUUCAGCCCCGACAGGACGCUCAUGGCCUCCACACACGUUAACCACAACAUUUACAUCACGGAGGUGAAGACUGGAAAGUGCCUACACUCCCUCGUGGGCCACCGCCGAACCCCCUGGUGUGUGACCUUUCACCCCACAAUACCUGGCCUGGUGGCCUCCGGGUGCCUUGAUGGCGAAGUUCGCAUCUGGGACCUGCAUGGCGGCAGUGAGAGUUGGUUCACAGAGAGCAACGUGGCCAUCGCCUCGCUUGCCUUCCACCCAACCGCUCAGCUGCUGCUCAUCGCCACCAACAACGAGCUGCACUUCUGGGACUGGAGCCGCCCGGAGCCCUUCGCCGUGGUGAAGACGGGCAGCGACACGGAGCGAGUGAGGUUGGUGAGGUUCGACCCUCUGGGUCACAACCUGCUGACGGCCAUCGUGAAUCCGUCCAAUCAGCAAAGCGAGGACGACUCGGAGGUUCCGAUGGACAGCGUCGAGAUGCCUCACUUCCGGCAGCGCUCCUUCCUGCCGACCCAGCCGGUUCGCCGCACGCCCAUCCUCCACAACUUCCUCCACAUCCUGUCGUCUCGUUCCCCGGGGGCUCAGGUGGGUGGUGAGCAGUCACGUCCUCUCGGUGAGAGCGGGAGCGGCGUUGGAGAAUCUCCCAGCAUGCCUCUGCCCCAGUACCCCAGCUCCGAUCGGGGGCCGCCCUUCCCCGGCUGCACUCAGCACCUGGGCAUGGUUUGUCUUUGUAGUCGAUGCUCAGUCAAUCGCAACCCCUCGCUGGCCGCCAACGUUUCCUCCGUCACCCUCCCAGACGCCCCCCAGCCUCCCCUUGCCUCCACCUUCUCCUCGGCCCGUACGGAGCCCAGACAGCCCUCAGAACGACCCUCGGCCUUCACCUCCGUCUACUACAGCGCUGGCUCUUCUCUUAACGCCACCGCGCCGAGCGGCGUCGAGCCGCACUCCACCUCCAGACCGGGACCAGACUGGACACGCAACUUGCUGAGCAUGAGGGAGGGGGGAGUCGGUCCGGGUAUGCUGCCUCCCAGAACCUCUUCGUCCUCCUCCAUCAGCCUUCUGUCGGUGCUCCGUCAGCAGGACGGCUCCUCCCACUCCCCUGUGUACACCUCCGCCACUGAAGGACGGGGUUUCCCCCAACAAGGAGAGCCAGGGGCCCGAGACGCCGCCAGCACCAGCAGCGGACAUCACCCGUUCUGGGACGGCUCUCGCAGCAACACGGCCUCCUUCCGCAAUGUGUUGCAGUGCAACCUGAGCCGCUACUUCAUGGAGUUUGACCGCAUGCAGGACCUGGAGCCUCCAUUAGGGGGCGUCAUGGCGGACGGAAGCCAGGAGCAGAGCCAGGAGUUGCUGAAUAACAACAUGGACCCAGACAGACCUGGGCCUUCCUCAUCCUCAUCUUCCUCCAACCCCACCAUCAUCCACUACCAGCCUCCCCUCCCUCCCCCUCCUGCCUCCCACAGCCUGGAGAACAAUGCUCCUCCCCCAGCAUCCCGCGGACACCUGAACCGCUGCCGGGCCUGCCACAACCUGCUGACCUUCAACCACGACUCUCAGCGCUGGGAGCGCACCAGCCAGACCUCCUCCACCUCUGCCUCCUCUCUGGAGCCCUCCUCCUCCUCCUCCUUCCCUGCUUCCUCAGCUCCUUGGCAGCCUGACGAGAGCAGGAGGACACUAGACGCCCAAACCCAGGAGAGGAGGGUGCCUCCGGAGCCCAGCGAGCAGCCGCCUCCCCCUGGAGGAGGUGGAGCAGGAACAGUGGCCUUCCCGAUUGUCCCGUCUUCCAGCCAGCCUGGAGAGCAGACGGUGGGCUUGGUGUACAACCAGGACACGGCGCAGUGGGAGAGGGUUUACCGGCAGGCGGCUGUAGGACGUUCGGCCGAGCCGCCGGAGGCCUUAAGUCAAGAAAUGCCUGUUGACCCCCCUGACGAGGACUCCCUGAGAAGGCGACUGUUGGAAUCAUCUCUGUUAUCAUUGUCUCGAUAUGACAUGUCCGGAUCAAGAGACCACCCCAUUUACCCCGAUCCAGCCAGACUCUCUCCAGCUGCUUACUACGCCCAGAGGAUGAUCCAGUAUCUGUCCAGACGGGACAGCAUCCGCCAGCGCUCGCUCCGGUACCAGCAGAACCGCCUGCGGGCCAUGUCUUCCCCCUCCGACAGCCCUGCCAGCAAUCCGUCCAGCUCCAUGGACAACAGUGAUGUGGACUUUGAGGAGCUGGAUGACACUGGAGACCGAGCCAGACACAGGACGCCACGGAAUGCCCGCAUGUCUGCGCCCUCGCUGGGUCGAUUUGUCCCACGGCGUUUCCUCCUCCCGGAGUAUCUGCCCUACGCGGGGAUCUUCCAUGAGCGAGGGCAGCCCGGCCUGGCCACACACUCCUCCGUCAACAGGGUCCUGGCAGGGGCUUCCAUUGGGGACGGGCAGUCUGCCGUCGCCAGCAACAUCGCCAACACGACCUACCGCCUACAGUGGUGGGACUUCACCAAGUUUGACCUGCCGGAGAUCAGCAACGCCUCCGUCAACGUUCUGGUGCCAAACUGUAAGAUCUACAACGACGCAAGCUGCGACAUCUCCGCCGACGGUCAGCUGCUGGCCGUCUUCAUUCCCAGCAGCCAGCGGGGUUUUCCAGACGAGGGCAUCCUGGCCAUCUACUCUCUGGCUCCACACAACCUGGGAGAGAUGCUCUACACCAAGAGAUUCGGUCCGAAUGCCAUUUCUGUUAGCUUGUCUCCAAUGGGCUGCUACGUCAUGGUGGGUCUGGCCUCUCGCAGGAUCCUGCUGCAUCCCACCACCGACCACAUGGUGGCUCAAGUCUUCCGCCUGCAGCAGCCACACGGAGGAGAGACUUCUAUCAGGAUGGUUUUCAACGUGGUGUAUCCGAUGGCUCCGGACCAGCGGCGCCACGUCAGCAUCAACUCGGCACGCUGGCUGCCGGACCCCGGGAUGGGCCUGACCUACGGAACCAACAAGGGUGACCUGGUCAUCUGCCGUCCUGUGUUCUAUCGCAGUGACGGUGAGAGCUCCGGGGAAUCGAGCAGUGAACCUUUAUUUUCUGUCAAUAACAGUGGAACGAGCAGAAGCCGAGGUUCUGACCGACCAGGGCCGAACCGCUCCGGCUGGAGACUGGACCGGGACAUGGGCCUGAUGAAUGCCAUCGGGCUGCAGCCCCGACACCCCGCCCCCUCUGUGACAUCACAGGGAACCCAGACGCCGAUCGUCCAGCUGCAGAACGCCGAGACGCAAACAGACCUAUCAGAGCCCAGCACCUCGCAGCCACCCCCGAAUGUCCCUGCGGAGACUCCGUCAACCAGUGGAGCUUCUCAGAGCGGCAGGGCUCAUGGCGUCCAGGGUGAAGCGGCGUCCGAGGCCAACACGUCCGUGGCUGCUGCUGGAGAGUCUCCAGAGUUCGGUUCUGGUGAAGACGCUCUGGCGAGGAUCCGGCGUCUGAUCGCGGAGGGCGGGAUGACGGCGGUGGUCCAGCGGGAGCAGAGCACCACCAUGGCGUCGAUGGGCGGCUUCGGCAACAACAUCAUCGUCAGCCACCGCAUCCACCGCGGCUCCCAGACGGCCGCCGGGGCCUCCAGGCCCCCGGGCGACCCCGCCCUGACGGCCCCGCCCCCGCAGGCUUCCACCACGUCUGAACAGAUCGCUCCCAUGUGGGGCCCCCAGGUGCUGUCGGGCCCCCCGCCGUCCGGCCUCUCCGUGGCUGUAGACGUGGACGAUGUUUUUGACGGAGGACGGACGGAUGACGACUCCCUGCCCGGCCCCUCCUCUUCCUCCAUGCUGCUGUCUUCCUCCCCCUCCUCCGCCUCCUCCUCUCACAGCCCCCUCCCCGGGGGCAGCAGGGGGGGCAGCCCCGGUCGUUACCCUGGCGACCCGUACAGCAGGUAGUUCUCCUAUUGGUCGAGAGAAGCAGAGCGUCGUGCGUACGAGCCGCUCCUCAAAGCCUUAUCUCACAAAGACAUGGGUGCUGCUUCGAUCCUGAACAGGGUCUCCCACCUGGGAACGAAGGGACAGAAGAAGCCCCCCCCUCCCCUCGCCCCGGAACCCGGAGUGACGUUGGCGUGCACUUAGACAAACUGGACCGAAGCCGAACCGCGACCAUUCUUCUUCAGAACAGGUUCUACUUGAACAGAGAGGUCGGGGGUCGUUCUCACACACAUUUCCUCCGACGCGUUGCGGCGUCGUGGUGUAAAACGUGCGUGAUUGAAGUGUUACGUGAAUUCAGCACUACUUUAUCUUGAAGCCUGUUUUGUACCGUGUGUAAUUAUGACGUUAGAAGAGGGUGUGUCAGGAGGCGGGACUCUGGGACGUCACGUCAACAACCAAUCACCUGAGACUGAACCACCUGAAGCUACUGCAUGACUGUACCAUGAUGCUGCAGUUCAACAAAUAUGUAGAUUAUUAUUAUUAUUAUUAUUAUUUUUAAUUUUCAAAAGGCUGAAGAGGAGAAUGAGCGAGGGGGAGGGGCCAUGAAGUGUCUCACACUUGAUUCUCAUGAUGACAUAAUAUGUGACAACAAGCUGUGACAUCAUCGUGACUGCUAAAUUUCCUUCACAUAUGACGUCAGCAUCAUUAAGUCCCGCCCACAGUCAGAGGUCAGAUCAGAGCCCCUCUUCACGGUCAUGAUGUCACUUCCUGUCCUGUCGCCUGUGAACCUUCAGUUACAGGUCGGUCAGGUCCAGGCAUGUGACUGAUUCUCCCCCCCUAACCCCUCCCCCUUCCAACUGGUGCAGAACAAAACUUGAAAUUGAUUUGGUCAAAGCUCAACUCUUCCUCUUCAGCCUGAGUGAUGAUGAUGAUGAUGAUGAUGAAGAGACUGUACAGACGCCAACGCUCUUUUCUAGCUUGUUUUUUAUUGUUAAUCCACAUGUUGCUUCACCGUCGUCACGCUGCGUCAGGCUCGUGUUGCGUCGUGUGUCAGUGUGUGUGUGUUGUGGGGGGGAGGGGGGUGUUACGGACCUAUGAGGACGAUGAGGAGGUGGGAGCGUCCUGAUUGGAGACACUGUGUGAUUCGGGACGAGACGUUUACGUAGGAUUUUUUUUAUUUUUUAUUUAACCUUCAUUUCCUGCAGGUGAGUCCAGGUGAGGUCAGGGAUCUUGUUGCCGGGGGCGACCAGCUGCAUGUGAGCGAGCGAGAGAGAGACGAGCAGGUGACACGUGAUCUGAUCUGAUCUGAUCUGAUCUGAUGUGAUGUGAUGUGAUGCGAUGCGAUGCUCCUCCUGAAUUUACUUGAUCAAUGAACCUUUUAAAAACAAA